CAACUGUUAUCAAAGAAUUAUGUUUCCCUUGCAAUAAAAGCUAAGGCUUAUUUGAAUUUCUAGUCACACCGAAACCCUCUAAACUACACAAAGUGAUAAGUAAGACGUUUGGAGAAUGAAUCAUAGGAGGACGCCCUGCCCCCCACUAAACACCACCGCAACCACAAUGAAGAAAUGUGUAAUUGCCUGUUCGUCUAUCGGUUCUCCGUCAACGUCGUGCUGUUCUCAUUGGCCACGAUUAUUCUCAUCCUCCGCAUGGUGAGCUGAUCCAGGAUGGGCGCGGGGAUCCCCUUCCAGCCGACAAAUUCUUGUUUCUUAUUAUCUUUUAUAAAGAAACCUCACUAAGCGCACAAAUAAAUAUUUGUUGAGCUGUAGAAAUGGUACAGGAAGCGGGGUACUGUGACGGGAUUAUCACUUGACGACGCACCUAAGCUCACAUCGACAUGACUCCAUUCAUAUGACUCCAACUCCAGCGCCAUUGUUCUGGCCCAAGUAUCAGGAACAACAGCGGAGUGCACUACAAAGACGAGUGUCCUGUGUGCUGGAUCUGGUCAACUUGGCUCAGUCCUCCCUGCGUUCCGGUUCGGUUUCCUUAUUCUUGGCUGGGAGCACCUCACAACAAUCUCGUUAAGCGUAAAGGCCAAAUUAUAGUAAAACUAACAGAAGGCAAAAGGUAAUCACAUAAAAAGCUUGUUAGAUAACAACGUGCGA